UCUUGAAAAACAUUAUCAAUUUGUCCAAUUUACAAUUUGUGUUUAGGUCAUUCGUUGUUGAAAGUUUCGAGUUGUAUCAGUCUUUGAAUAAUGCAAACAAUAUACCGCUUAAAAGAACCACAAAUUGACAGGGAAGAGGACGUCAGGACAAUUAUACAGACGUUUCUUUUUCAGUUCUCGGAGAAGGCGUACGGUGGGCCUUCGUUCAAUCGCCCGGCUUGCUGUUUUGCGCCGCAUAUUUAUGGAGCCGGCAAAACAUUUGUAGGCCAAAACUUUUUGGCCUAUUUGAAUAUUUUUGCAGAGCGUGAGUGUUCCAAUGCACAGACUUUUCAACAACUACACAGUUCAAACGAUAACCCCCAACCGAGUGAGUUGAAAGUGCCUUGGAAACACUUUGCGGAAAACACUUUGUCAGUUAUCUUAGAACUAGGAGAGAGCUUUUCUGGUGCUCCUUUUCCAAGUUUUCUAGAGGCUUUGAUGUAUAACAUAGCUAUGGCUACAGCCGAGUGUAAUGGUAUGAGUGCCCGAGAAAUUGUAGAAUUCACGGACGCAGCGAUGAAGCAACCUAGUGUUUCUUUAUUUUUCCAGUAUCUUCUCGAACAGUUUCAGAAACAAUAUUUAUUUUUGAUGAUAGACGAACUUAGCCACCUGAGUGACCUCACCAAAUACUAUAGUGAACUUACCACGAAACAGUUCGUCGAGCCCGAUCCAGAAUAUGUACCUUUCCGGAAUUUCUUCCGUAUUUUACGUGAUUUGUUGAUUACAGGGAAGGUAAUUGUCUAUUUGGCAGGCAGGACAUCUCAAAUCUCAGCCCGUAUGUCUGAUGCUCGCUCCAGUAGCAUGAGCCUCGAUAUGUUGCGAUUGAAUCCUUUUAACCUCAACGAUAUUAAUGAAUAUCUUGAGCUGGCAAUUUAUAGUGGAAAGACCUUGAAGGACUGGUUAUUGCCCUCAGAUGGCUUGCAACAUCGAUUCGCAGAAUUAUUAAAAAAGAAGACAGGAGGUAUUCCGUUGAUUUUAAAGAAUACUUUAGUAGCCCUAGCAGAGAAAGCUGCAGACUUGUCGCAACCUGUUAUCAACGAUGACAAUAUGGAAAGUGUGUUAGAUGAUAUUUUUCACUCUGUAGUACGAAAGACAACAACGUUUAUUGUUCCGGAGAUAUUAGAUUCUGCAACCCUUCUUCGAUAUCAAUUUGUUCUUUUCAAUUAUCAGCUCGGGACAGUUUUUCCAAUCAACUUUGCAAUUGCUCUAUGUGGAACGAGAACUUAUUUGAUGGAUUUGGUUGCAACUUUUGGGUUUUACUCUGAAGUUUUGGGCGAGGAAUUCGAGAUUGGUUGUUGUGAGUUUAUAUUGCGAGCUCAUAGCAACUAUAAAUUUUUCCGUGAGGCUACUGAACUUUUUCCUUUAUCUCCGUUUAGUUAUAUUCCCGACACUUCAACAGCAAAAGGAGUCUUCUUUGAAUUUGUAUUUAUGAAGAUCUUUCGUUUUCGCUUAUUAACUUUUCUUCAUUCUAAUUCCUCGCCUAUUGUGCAUUCUGCUAUUCCAGGAAUUUUCCAGGGUUCUUUUAUUGAACAGGACAAUGUUUCUUAUUCUAUGGAAUCAACAAAAUCUUAUGAUAUACCCAUCUUGAGAAAUGUCUCUGGUUCAUUUUCUGUUCAUUAUGGAGAUUAUUUACAACGUUGUGGUAUUUUUGUUCCGAAAGAUGGCGAUUCGAGUGGUCCUGAUGCAUAUGUUGUAUUCCAUAAUGGACAAACACGUUAUGUUGUUGGAUUUUCAUUCAAAUUUUAUCACAAAACUGAAUUUUCGAAAACAAAUAUUGAGGAAGAAGCCAAAAAAUUUUUUAAGGGAGUUGUUUCCGUUUUGAAUGACGAAUCUUUUUCAUCUGUUCAACUUCGUUUUCAGUUUGUGGUAGUAUGUACUAGAUAUGAUCGAUCUGUAGGUUUCUCUACCGAAGAACAUAAUAUUGUUGAAGAUGCAAGUGGUUUGGUGACUCAACAUUCUUCGGGAUCAACUUUGAAUGAAAGUAGUCGAUCAUGUCUGCAAUUGGUAAUUGUUUCUCAAAGGAACCUUGAAAUGUAUUUGGGAAGAGAUAAUGUCGAAACAUUGAGGAAAAUUGGGGAAGCAAACCGAGGAGAGUUUUCUAAAGACUUUUCAGUAUGGUGUAAAACUCUCUUUGAGUCGAUGUCCAAUGAAUAUGUUUCAUCUUUGGAAACGGAGCAAUCAAAUGUUACUUCAAGAGUGACUCGAAAUAUAAGACCGAGAACAAAUGAGGAGAAUAGGAUGCAAAUGGAAGAGCUUCAAACUGCUAUGCAAGUGGAACGAAGUGUCGCAGCAUCGAGUUCUUUGUCUUCGUCAUUUGAUUGGAAUACUUUCCUAAGAGACCGUUGUGGUCUUUCUGAAGAGGAUGUUGCCUAUUCUUUGCCUAAGCUGUCCUUCAUAGGAGUAAGAGAUUUUGAUGGCGUUACGACAGAUUUUCUUUCCGAUUGUGGUAUCGAUAGUCCUUCACUAAGAUUGCGAAUUAUGUUAGGAAUACGACAGUUUUUAGCAAAGUAGCUUUUAUGGACUAGUUUGUGGUAUGCCCAUGAUUUCCCUGUAGAAGAUGAUGGAAGCCUUAUAGAAGUCGUAGUCCUAAUAAAGACAUGUAAUUUUUGUUUUUAUCUCACUGCAAAGUCAUUACGUGCUUAGUAACUUGAGAUAUCUUACCAAUAUGCUCGAAUGCCAAUGUUAGUUACGCUUCGAGAGAAGAAUGACUUUGACAAGGUCUUCUGCUUUAACAUUGAAAUACCAAUCUAUAUAGAGGAACCUGAAAAGUUAUUGAUAAACUAUUUAAUAGAAGGCUGUAAAUUAGCUGGUACAAAGCUAGCUUGCAAACAGUAAAAGAAGCUCAAGCUUAUCUGAAGAAAUUGCCACCAUCUUUGUAGAUGAAUCUGAAUAAAGAACAACUACAAAGAAGCUUCUUGCUUCAUGUGGCUGUGGAGCCUGUACAGUGUGGAUAUGGACUGUUCAACCCCUGUCACAAGAACUUGAUAGUUAUACAAUCAACGCUUUUUUUAACUUAAGCUAUGGUAGAUGCCUGUUAUGUAGUAACAGUGGAAGGAGUUGCAAGUCGUAUAAAGGUGAAUGGCAUCCUACUCAAAAGUUACAUGUCCAAUACAACGGUUCACAAUGUGAUUAUUGUAUUCUGGGAAUCCUAAAGUCUAUGUUUGGA